AUGCCUCACUAUGCCAAAUUCAUGAAAGAUCUCCUUACUAAGAAGAGAAAAUUGAAUGAUGGUGAAACAGUGGCCCUGACAGCAGAAUGUAGUGCCCUGAUCCAGAAGAAGCUUCCACCAAAAUUGCAAGAUCCAGGAAGCUUCAGCAUUUCUAUUGCUAUAAGAGAUGUGGAAGUGGGGACGACACUCUGUGAUUUGGGGGCCAGCAUAAAUCUGAUGCCAUUGGCGGUAUGUAGAGCCUUGGGAAUCAACACCCUGAAGGAAACUAAUCUUAUCUUGCAUCUUGUAGAUAGAUCUAUUAAGAAGCCUGAAGGUGUAAUUGAAGAUGUCCUGGGGAAGUUGUUGUUGAGGGUGGAUGAGGAAACUGUUACAAUUGAUGUUUUUGAAGCCAUCAAACAUCCUGUUGAUGUGGGGGAUUGUUUCGGAUUAGAUGUGAUACAGGAGGUUGUGGAAGAAGUGAGUAGAGAAGAAGCAUUUUCAGUUGAGGAAGAAAGAUUAGAAGAGGAGACAAGUACAGAAGAUUACCAAGAGGAACCAGAAGUGGAAGAGCUUGAAAAGAAGAUUGAUGACAUUCCCGAGAGAGCGCCUAAGGCAGAGCUUAAAGAACUACCUUCAAAUCUGAAGUAUGUGUUCCUUGGGGAUGAUCCAUCAAUGCAAUGUUAUCUGAGAGUGAAGAAGUGA